GUACUAUAUUUUCCUUGGCAUAUGCUGUGGUUGAUUCUAAAAACGACGCAUCUUGGAAGUGGUUCUUUGAGCAAUUCAAGGAGGCAUAUGGUGAAAGACCUUCAAUGUAUGUUGUUUCAGAUAGGAAUGAGAGUAUACUGAAGGCAACAUCAAUUGUCUAUCCGGCACGGUCAUACACUCUGGAUGAAUUUAAUGAAAGGAUGUUGAAGAUUGAAGAGGUAGACCCGUGUGUGAAAUCUUACCUAUAUGAUAUUGGCUAUCAUAGAUGGACAAGAGUACAUGCAAUGGUGAAUAGAACUUUUACUAUGACAUCAAACAUUGCUGAGUCGUUGAAUGUUGUAACAAAAGAGGCAAGAGAGCUGCCAAUAUAUGAUCUAUUAGAGUAUAUGAGGAUGCUUCUUGAACGUUGGACGAAAGAGAAGUUAUUGAAGGCAAAAGGUACUUUCACAUACCUUGGGUACAAAUUCAACAAAGAAUUGGAUGAAAACAAUACAUUAUCUCAGAAACUAAGGGUGAGGGCUUCAACAGAUCAUUUACAUACUGUGUUAGAUGGUGUGAAGCAGUACAUUAUGUGUCUAGAAACUAAGAAAUGUAGCUGCGGAAAAUUCCAACUUGAUGAACUUCCAUGUGCGCAUGCUUUGGCAGCAUUAAGGCACAGGAAGGAAACAUACGAAAACUAUUGCUCUCCGUAUUACACAAGGAAGAGCCUUCUGCUUACCUAUGAAAUGCCAGUAAAUCCUCUUCCUGAUGAAAGCAAAUGGGAUGUGCCACAACAUAUUUUGGAUGAGGUAGUAAAGCCACCGGCGGGAGAUAAAAGGCAGUCAGGGAGACCUCACAAGGAAAGAUAUAAAAUAUUUGAUGAAAUAAAGUCAAAGAAGUACAAGGUGUCAUGUGAAAAUUGUGGAGGUGAAGGGCAUAACAAAAGAACUUGCAAGAAUGCGCCCAAAAAGAAAUGA